AAAAGCUCGCGCUACUGGCCGGCGAUCAAAGCCGCCGCGACGAUCCUGCGACGCGCACGCGAAAGCUCCUCGCGCUCCUCUCCUACACACACUUACUACACGCGCGUAUACUUUGCCUAUCGCGCGCUGCUGUGCGAAAGCAGGUGUGGAUCCGCGCUUCGGAGACACCAUCAGCUGCUGCUCUUGUUAGCGCGCCGAGAACCUCUUUUCUUGGGACGAGGAGAUAAGGGCCAGUGUGUUCGUACGCUCGAGAACGAGGGAAAAUAAUGAUACCGCACUUGGGAGGAAACGCGCGGGGCUGCUCUCGGCGGCCGGAGAUGAGGACAUUAGGGCCAAGGAUGACGAUGAUCGGCGGAGGGUCGGCGGACGCGUGAAAAUCCUCCGCAACCAUACCCCCUACUACUGCCUCGCGACGAUACGUAGCCGCAAGAAGCAACAGCCCGAAGUCGGCCGCAGCCGAGAGGUAUGGGCCCUUGGGCCUUAGGCGUGCCACUCGUCCUCGUCUCCGCUCUGGGACUACUGCUCAACGCCUACGUUCUGCUCGUCGUUCUCGGCCUUGGCAAGCAGACUCAACAACAACAAACAGCUAACACGCUGCUGCUGAUACACUUGGGGGCGGUCGAGGCGGCUGUCUGCAUCGUGCUGCUGAUCUUCGCGACGGGCUCGUGGCCGGCCGCCGGUACCUGGUGUGUCCUGCACGGCUUCUUGCUGGCGCUGCUGCAUCCUGUCGCUCUGUGGACCGUCACCGGACUCAACUGCGACAGGUACUACGCCAUAGCAGCACCUCUGCACUACUCAGCCCUGGUCUCGCCCCGCCGGGUAGCUCUGGGUCUGGCAGUCUCCUGGACCGGUGCCUUGUUACUCUGUUUGCCGCCGUUCUCGGGACUGGUUCCGCCGUACCGCUACGUUCCUGGACUGGGCUGUUGCGCGCCGGACUUCGGCAACGGCGGCUGGGGUUCCGCGGGUUCACUCUACGGUGCUAUCUAUGCGAUCCUCGGACUCGCGUUACCAGCGCUCCUCGUGACAGUUUGCAACCUCAGGGUCCUCGGAAUCGCCCGUUACCACCGUCACCGCAUCGCCAGCGCCAUCUACGAGGUGACGCUCAGCGCGCAAGUCACCAUCACCCAUCAGAGGAACCCGUUCUUCGUACCCGCUGUUACGGCGCCUGCUGCCGGCGGGCCGCCCAGGUUUCACAGUGCCGCCAGCACGGUGAUGCAGCUGGUCGGCUCGCUGUACCUGCUCUACUUUCCCUACUGCGGUCUGAUCCUGUGGGAAGCUUGUGGCAGCGGAGGCAGCUCUGGAAUGUCCAGCGCCGGCUCCGUCAUGGGCACCGGCGUCGGAAGCGGCGACGGAGACGUCGUCGGCAGCCCGAUACCUCAUCCCUCACGGCUCCACGCGCAUCCGCGCUUCGCGUCCUUGGCCUCGCUGUUGCUCGCCUGCUCGCCGCCCAUCAACGGCCUCCUCUACGGCCUCAAAUCACGAACGCUACGGCGCUCGGUGCAGAACUACUGGCGCAAAAAGGCCACCAAGAGCGAGCUGCAGCAGGAGAUCCAGGCGCGCACGCCAAGCGCUGCAGGCUCGAGGCGGCCCUCGGGAAGCGGGCCGACUUCCUCGUUCUUUCAAUUCCCGCCUCUGCAGCGCCGGCUCAGCGAGGCCCUCAUCGCUCUGGGCAACUGUCGGACCGGCGCCGCUGGUCCGGGGAUAUUCGGCAGCGGAAACAUCGCCGGGGUCUUUCAUCGCACCAGGCUGCAGCCCGCAGCCAGCUGCAACACCCUUAGAGUGCCAAACGCCGAGCUCGGCGAGAGCGGCCGACUGGUGCGUUCGAGCGCGAGCGCGGUCAGCCUGAUGGCAGCCCACUACCGUAGCGACUUCGUCAUCGGCGGCAGCAUCUCCGAAACUGCCGCUCACAGCAGCGUCAACGGCGUCCUGAGCAGCCAGGAAACGCCAAAGCGCAGCCCGCGCAUACUCAUCACGCGAGCCUACAGCGAGGAGAGCCAGGACGGCGCCGGCGGUGGCAGUCCUCUGCUCAGGCGACACUUCGCAGCCCCCAUCUCCGUGCCGCCCUGCGAGAAGCGCAGAUGGCGUCACCGGAGCAUCGAGAGCGAUAGCAGCACCGGCAGCAGCGACGCGAGCGUCUGGACGACAGGCGUCCAGGCGGCCAAGCCACCCCGUGGCUCCGGCAACCAUAAGAACUCCACGAACGCCGGGACCAUGCCCGAGAUGUGGCCAGGAAGCGGCAGACGUUUUACGCGGGUCAAGACUCUCGAGGAGGGCGCGGCUGUAUUCUCGGCGGUCAACCUCGUCAGGCCGAGCAACAACAGCGAGAGCAGCGAUACCACGACGGACACCACUACCACGACCACCGCCAACUCGAGUCUUCUCAUCAAGUCGGCUUCGCGAGGUUUGCAUCAGGAGCGUCGCGGAGUCGCGGUAGAACGCGAGGAAGUAGUGGCCAAGGAAGAUCUCGCCAGUGAUUGCGACGAGGAAGACGAGGAUAAGGAGAUGAGGGAGCGGGGAAUGCCCGACGGCGAGGAGGAGCAACAUCAGGACCGGGUCACGCGUAGCGACAGCUCGAGCAGCUGGAGCUGCGCCGACGAUACCGUCCACUCGGCUCUCGACAACUCCCGGGGCUCCACGGACGACGGGCUCGUCAUACGGCCCGUCGGCGAGACGGCCGAGAACGAAGGCCAAGAGCCGUCGAGGAGAAGUCCUCCCGAGAAGGAUACGGAGCCGAGGGAAGAGGACGAGUCUUUGCAUCCGGUCGAUCGACGCCCGCGCCGGAAAUCGCGAAUCGUUCGCAAGGCAGAAGCCACCGCGGAGGACCAGGACCAAGCGGCCAGCCAGUUACGGCCUCUGCUCACGUCCUCCUCCUAGCCACUGCUGCUCACGCUGAGACAGGAGACUCGCGACCCUCGUCCAGUCUGGAUCUAGGAUGUAUGUUAGAUCACGUAGUCUUCUGGCUCGGAAUAACGAGCGGGUUAACUCUCCUUCGCACCACAGCAGCUUUAUAUGAUAAACGCCAGCUCUCUCUCUCUCUCUCUCUCUCUCUCUCUCUCUCUCUCUCUCUCUCUCUCUCCGACGGUUAUUAUUGUACCCGCGCGUUCCAUCUUUCCCCGCGAGAUGAUCGCGCUCGUUAUUUCUUCGGCGGAGCUCUUUAUUUAACUUUUCCGCCGUGUGGAGAGAAAGACCGGUGGAAGUUUUUCUACUUGUACUUAUGAGCGAUGUACGCUUGCGAAUCGAUUUCCUUUUUCUCAACUGGACCCGCCACGGUGCGAAGAUAGUACGCAGUGCAUGCACGCGGUGAUUAUCGAAAAAUUAACGGUCAGCCGAAGCGGGGAAGGGUUUUGAGUAGCAGGUACAAAUUAUGCGCGUCGAGAGUUUCGCGAGGAACAACGUUAUACGCAGCCGACUUCGUUCGGAAAUUCGAGUCUCCCCGAAAUCCUAAACCCAAUUACACAGCGAGCGGGCUCCGCGCGACAACUUUCGUACUUGGAAAGCUCGCGCUGCGUACGUAUAGGUAUAUAGGGUAUAUGCGCUGACGGGAGAGGACUGCAGCUCGCCGGGUAAGAAUUCUAUUAUAGCUGAAUUUGUAUAGUUUUCAGCGCCACUGACGCUGUGCUACUUGUGAUCUUGUUGACUCAUUUCCUUUUCUUUUAUAGACACACACGCGAAACGACUGUUAUACACUCGUUUUAGUUGAAUUUUUCUAUGUUUUGUUGCGUCGGUCUGUUUCGUUGGGGAGAGAUUACUCCGUUGUGCAGAGUCUUGUGAUACGCGAAUACGAUAAUAUAGAAUGGGAGCUCGCGCGGAAGAAACUCGGCAAGUACGGCUAUAAAACACUCGUGUGUAUAGUUUUACUAACGAAGGAAAUUGAUAUUAGAGAAAAUGUGCAUAAUUGUGUAUUUUGAGAUGACCAUACCUUGAGAAGAUAUUUUUGUAAACACGCGUACAAGAUGACUCGUUAAAAUUGUUUGAGAAAUAAAAGAAGCUUUAGUUUUCAAUUAGACGCGUCGUAUGAUCGUCGUUCAUUUGACACUCGCUCUUGUGAAAGGCUUAUGGGGGACAAGAAGAAAAAUAUUUUCCUAAAAUUGAGAGAGUGUAUAUUAUCGAGCAAAAGAAUAUAAGCAACAAUGAGAUGAGCGAAAAGUUAUUAUUAAUUCCUCAGGAUUAUAACCAAAGCAACAACGUUCCUCAAAGCACGCGAACACAGCAAUCGCGUGUGCACCUAUAAAGCAUAUAACGAUGUAUGUUCACGAAGAGAAAAUAAAGGCAAAAAUAAUGCGACACAUUCCUUAUGAUAUAUUUUCAAACGAUCGCGUCCCGAUGGGACGCCGUUGUAUCGACAUAUCCUAAAAUUAUAUUUUUGUACUUCCAUUAUCGGUCGCCAAGUCGAGUGCCGACUCGCGGUGCUUUUAAGUAAGAUAAAAAAAAUAAUAAUAAUGUUAUAAUAAUGACAGAAGCAUACGUAUAAUACAGACACACACGCAUACACAGGCAAAUAUUUAUUAGUCAUCGUAUAUUCGUCCAGUUGCAUUCCCGUCUCUGUCCUUAUAUUCCCUUCUUAUAAGCUUUUGCGAAUAAAGUCAUGUUAAAUUCAAACGUAAAUCGAUAUUCGUAGAUUGAAAUAGUUUGUCUGACCUCCUUUGCAGUUCUUAAUUGUUCUGAAGGAUAUAACAGCAGUAAAAAUAUACUUGCCUCGAAAAUUAAAUUAGAGCUCGAUUAAGAAACAAACAUUGAUACUUAAUAUUAUAGUUUCGAUUUGUAUCUGCAGCAAGCGACUAAAUGUUGACAAUCAUAAUUUUUCUUUGAUAUACACUUAUUGAAUUAAUUUACUUUCUCAAUGAUCUUGGCAUAUAUUACAUUUCAAGAGGGCGAAUAAGCAACUAAUUUGUUUGUAAUACCGAAUUGCGAUCAACCACGACAUAGUUGCGAGAUAUUUAUAAUGUAUAAACUUCAAACUUUGUUGAAUCAUUGAAUGAUUAAUAAUUAUGUAAUAAUAAUAGGGCAACUAUUACGUCGUGGUUCAUCGUAAUUUCAUUCUUAUUAUUUUUUAUAAGUAAAUUAGUUGCGUCUGCUUGUAUAAUAUUAUGGCGUUACUUUGACUUUUUAAUAGACUUAUUCAGGCCUCCUUAACAAAAAAGCAUUUCAAACUAUCAGUAAUUGAGUCCUUUCUCGUGUUUCUGCAACUUAUAUUCGACUCUUAGUACAUACAAUACUUCAUUUACUGCAUUGUCAUGGGUACAAGCGAGGCCAGCGAAAUGUGAUAUAUUUGUAAAUUUCAAUGGAUAUUCAAGUCGUUGCGCUUACGUAACAGUUUAUCAUUCAAAAAUUGUAAAGCUAUUAUUUAAUGCCUAUAGGAUGACAAACAAUUCGUAACGUAAGACACAGUGCAAUAAAAAUUAAAACCUGACAUUUUCUCGGUAGUUCGCAGCGUCUAUGUUUUGUACAGGCACAUGACAAAAUAACAUAGCCGCAGCUUGAUUGUAUGGAUUUAAAUUAAACGCGAAGACAUGCAGGGAGAUGUUACUAUAUGUGUCGUGUUGUUCGUUGUAAAAAAAGUCUCGCUUUUCUCCCUUCUCUGAUUUACCAUGUAGAGGCACAAGUUUCAACUCUAUCGAUCGUUGUCGAUGACAAGUGCCAUCGUUCGUUCACGCGUAAUGUAAGUACGACAGUGUAUAUAUAAAUGUAUAUUUAUGAAAUGAGAACAAUCGAAGGGAUCAAUGACACGAUAUUCGAAUCCCUUAAGAUGAGGUAUUUUUAUGACCGUAUCGGGACAUUUGUACAAAAGGACAUUUACUUUAUUUCAAAGUUUUAAAAAACCAUGCUAAGCUGAAUGUGUCCAUUGUAAAUAUCAAUGCAAAUAGUAGUUUAGUGUCUUCAGAAGUCACUUACUUUAGUAGCAAAGAAAUUGUAACGUAUAUAUAGCUAAGGAUAAUUCCCAUGAAUCCAAAUUAUUGAUAAGAGUGUUAUAUAAAGUAUGGUACCUCGUAAUGAAAUUUAAUGUUAUAUUAUUCGAAUAAAAUGUUCAUAGCAUUAUAAACUUA